GUACGGAGGAAGGACGUGUAGGAACAGGUAGUCCCGCCUGGAGGGGCUAAAUACGGGCUUUAGCUUCUUCAUGCCCCCGAGGAGCGCCGAACACAGAGGCCCGCAACCGGGCUCGUUAAGCGGGCAGUUAGAGGAGAGACACGCCCCCUCGGGGGUGACUCCUGACCUUGCCCAAAACUUGACUUGACCCCUCGGUUGUUGGUCAGGCGGCCAUGUUGAACUGAUCAUUGUCUGCCCGCUACAGAGGCUCCGCCCACAUGAAUCCUCUCAAUCAGAUGAAGGCUGGACUGGCCAGCAACCCACACAGUGAGGGUUCAUACCCCUACGACCCCUCCAGCUGGCAGCAGCCCACCAAUCAGCCCACAGGAUCACUCUCUGUGGUGACCACCGUGUGGGGGGUCACCAACCCCUCAGCCAGCCAGGGUCUGGGAGGAGGUGUGAUGGGUCCCGGGGCCAAUCCGGCUGGGGGUCCCAUGAUGCAGGGCCCCGGGGGUCCUGGCAUGGCAGGGGGUCCCGGGGGCUACAUGGGUCAGCAGAGCUACGGCGAGCCCACCAAGGCCUACCUGAACCAGGGCGUGUACGGCCGGCCCAGCGGGGGCUACGUGGGGGGUCCGGGGGGCUACGCGGGAAGUUACCCAUCCAACCCGGGCGGCUCCAGAGGCACGGCCGACUUCACGCAGGCCGCCGCCGCCGCCGUGGCCGCCGCCGCCGCUACGGCCACCGCCACCGCCACGGCAACCGUGGCCGCCAUCCAGGAGAAACAAAACCAGGAAAUGAACUAUGGUCAGAUGGGCGGUCCUUCCUACAAUAACCAGUUCAUGGCCCACUCUGUCCCCCGUGGUCCCCCCACCAUGGCUCCUGGAGGACCCGGACCCACCAGGGGCCCCCAUUCUAUGAGCCCCAUGUAUGGAGGCCCCCAGAGGGUGACGCAGCACCCAAGUUACGCCCCCCCGCCCCAGCAGGGCCACCUGAGACCCCCGCAGGGCCUGAAGCGGCCCUACAACUCAGACGCCUUCCCCGGAGUGUCUCAGCAGUACAGCGUUCCGGUCGGUCCGGGUCCUGGCGGCGCUGCCGGUCCCAUGCCGGUUUCAGGUGCGGGUGGUCCGUACUCGCACUACCACCCAGGUGCUGCCUCGCAAAGGACAGGCUCCGCCCCCUCGUACCAGGGUCAUAAAAUGCCCCUCCCCCAGUACCCCCCGUCCGGACCGCCCAGCUCCCAGUACUACAAGCAGGAGCAGUUCAACGGGCAGACACCAGGGGGCGCCACCGCCGGCGUGUACAGCUCCUUCCACCAGCCUCCCGGGCCGGGCCGAGGCCUGCCCGCCUACCCCAGCUCGCCGCUCCCGGGGAACCCGACUCCGCCCAUCACGCCCGGCAGCUCGAUGGCCCCGCCCUACAUGUCGCCCGGCAACAGCGACGUCAAGCCCUCAACUUUCCUGCCUGACGUCAAACCCAACAUGGCUAGCUUGGCUCCUCCCCUUACUACAGGUAACCCCAGCGACGACCUGCGUCUGACCUUCCCCGUGCGCGAUGGCGUGGUCCUGGAGCCCUUCAGGCUGGAACACAACCUGGCGGUCAGCAACCACGUCUUCCAGCUCAAAGAGUCGGUGUACAAAACUCUCAUCAUGAGGCCGGACCUGGAGCUGCAGUUCAAGUGUUACCACCACGAGGAUCGGCAGAUGAACACCAACUGGCCCGCUUCCGUGCAGGUGAGCGUCAACGCCACGCCCCUCACCAUUGAGCGUGGGGACAACAAAACGUCCCACAAGCCCCUGUACCUGAAGCAGGUGUGCCAACCCGGCAGGAACACCAUCCAGAUCACCGUCACCGCCUGCUGCUGCUCUCACCUGUUCGUGCUGCAGCUGGUCCACCGGCCCUCGGUGCGCUCGGUGCUGCAGGGCCUGAUGAAGAAGAGACUCCCCGCUGAGCACUGCGUGGCUAAGAUAAAAAGGAACUUCAGCAGCGGUUCAAUUCCCGGCACCCCCGGGCUCAACGGCGAGGACGGCGUGGAGCAGACGGCCAUCCGGGUCCUGCUGAAGUGUCCCAUCACCUUCCGCCGCAUCCAGCUGCCCGCCCGCGGUCACGACUGCCGGCACGUGCAGUGUUUCGACUUGGAGUCCUACCUGCAGCUCAACUGCGAGCGGGGAACGUGGCGAUGUCCGGUGUGCAAUAAAACGGCGCUGCUGGAGGGUCUGGAAGUGGACCAGUACAUGCUGGGAAUCCUCAUCUAUGUUCAGAAUUCCGACUACGAGGAGAUCACCAUCGACCCGGCGUGCAGGUGGAAGCCCGUCCCCGUCAAGCCGGACCUCCACAUCAAGGAGGAGCCCGACGGCCCGGCGCUGAGACGCUGCCGGACGCUGAGUCCCAGUCACAUGGUCCUGCCCAGCGUCAUGGAGAUGAUCGCCUCGCUUGGCCCCGCCCCUUCCUCCGCCUCCCCGAUGCAGUACUCGUCCCUGCCGGCGGGGGGCGGCAGGAGCACGCCGGACUACUGUGGACCAGCGCCAUUGUAUCCUGGGCAACCUGCCGCUUUCUCCGACUUCACGCCGGGUGUCGGGGGGGAGUUCACCUCGCCCGGUCCGCCCCCCCUCUCCUACCAGUCGGAGUUGUCCAGCGUCCUCCUCACCCCCGACAAGCCCCCUCCCCACCCGCUGGCAGGACAGAUGGCGUCUCGUCUGGACCCCGCCUCUCAUUGCGCUCCCCCGUCGCAGGGUCUCCACGGCAACCCCGCGAUGCAGCGCGGCGGCCAGAACCCUCGCCUCCACGGCGACGCCCCCUUCGGCCUGGGGACGAGCGCGGAGGUGCCGGAACCUUCUCUGGACCUGCUGCCGGAGUUGACCAACCCAGACGAGCUGCUGUCCUACCUGGGCCCGCCGGACCUCCCCAACAACAACAACGACGACCUGCUGUCCCUCUUUGAGAACAACUGAAGUCCUCCUCCUCCUUUGUCUCGUCAACGUGUCUUUUCUUGUGUGGAAGCUAGCUUUUGACAGUCCUCAGACGUCCCGAACUUGACGCGUCCAUGAAUGCAUCACGAGAACGUUCUGGAUUCCCUCACCAGACCUCCCAGGAGAUGAAAUGUCUGCUUUCCACUUUGCCAACUGUUAGCAUCUGUUAGCAGCCAGCAUCAGGUGCAUGCUGGGGCCUUCCUGCCUUUCAAAAUAAAAUGAUGGUGGGACAGACGACAGCUGGACCAAGCGGACCCUUGUUGUUUUAACAGGAAGUUAUCAUGUUUUCACUGCGGAGGCUGUUGUUGAUACUUUUAUUUUGAUAGGAUCCAUCCUGUCUCCCAGCCAGAAACAUGUGACUAAUCGGAGGACAGGACUUUUGUCGCCUGGUUGUGAAAUGACAUUUUCCUCACGUGUCCCAAUAAAGUGUCCAUGAUUUAA